AUGUGCGAUUUGGAUAAUCCAUCAAGAAGAAAUAUAAUUUGCCGUGAUUCAGGAUACUUUGCCGACCAGCUAUCAGAGGCACAAGAAAUAAGAGGUAAUCUCACCAUAAAAGUUAAGAACGAAUCACGAGGAUUUCACCUAAACAAUCUCAGCUACGCAGGGCCUAUAGUGAUGGGAGUCGGGGGAUUCAUAGUAGUAGCGGCUUGCGUCAUGACUUUUGAAGCUCGUGACAAUGCAGCAAAAGUGGGACCAGCCCGUUUACGACAAAAUCAAACAGCUUCAUUAAAGCAAGCCAAAGACAACCGAAGUCGAAGAUCAAUACAUUGCCAGCAGACUUCCAAGUGGGACCAACAACCAGGUCUUUUUCGAACAAACCGCAGUCCGAGUCCCAGUCCUCAUGAUGCUGCCAGGAUGCAAACCACAGCAGGAUUCAUUCAAUUCUCAAAAGGCCUAAACGAGAAGGAGGGUUCCCAUCUAAUCAAAAAAAGUCCCAGUGCACCUACUCUUGCAGAAAAAAAAUCACCUAAGCCAAGGUCACCAAAGUUCGCUGGCUCUGCUCUCCUCAAUAAACCUGAUCUGUUGCAAAGACAUGCUGUCUCGGUGGAUAAUCCAGGCUAUAAUCCUGAUCAUCAGACAAUUAAGGAGAAUUUGGACCAGCAAAAAAUGAAUGGCAGUCAAGUAUCAAUGGCGAUGGAUUUACAUAUUCCAAAUAAAGGCCCAGUCACUCUGAAAAUAAAGGAUCGAUCAAACACAGGUCGAAGAAACCAACUUGCACGUCAGGAAAAGGUCGAAGACCUGGAAGAGGUCAGCGAGGCAAAAAAAAUUGCGGGCAAUCAAUCCGGCUCGCCUCAAUUACCUAGUGUAUACUGCAGAUUUCCUGAGGAUUUCUUGCCGGCAAAAAGAAACUCUAUAGACCUGAAAAUGAUAGAAGAGCUGAACUUGAAGGAUUCGCUUAAAGCAUCUCCACAAUAUUUUCGAAAAUGUUCGUCCCCAAAUUUUCGCAUGAUGUCAUUUGACAGAAUAGGAAGUGACCGCAGAUCAGAGAAAUCUUUGGGCUCACGCAAGGCUAGUUUAGAUUUCAAAAGAAGUCCGGACUUCCGGAAAUAUGACUACAGAAAAUAUUCGAUCGAAAGAUUCACUGCAGACUGUGCUAUGUAUCUGGAAGAGGAGGCUGAAAAUCGAGCAAAAGCAGCUAGUGGAGAAAACCUAAGAAGACAGAAACUAUCAAAACUCUGUCAUUCCAAAUCAGACGACAGAAGAAGAUCUUUUGAUCGAUUUCGAAGAGAAUCUGAAUCCAUCAGUCGAUACUCCCUCAAUUCAUCUGCUGCUGCAGAAAGUUGUCCUCCUGAAUAUGAAAUAAAAUAUUUCACCGCAAUAUCUCUCGAAGCAGAAGAUAGCAAAGCUGAUCUUUCAGACACAAGUCGAAUAAUGGACUGUUGUGACGAUCAAGAAGGAUCACACUUAUCCCCUGAAGCCAAUGAUGCUCUUUUAGAGGAACCAGAACUGGAGAACCUCACUGAAGUAGAAGUAGAGGAAUUCUUAAAAAUUCAAGACCAAAUACUGGGACACGCUGAGGGCGGUGUGGCACGGCACGUUGUCGUGAUGAAGGAUCCAGUAACUAGCGAUGUCUGCGCGCACCUUGUUAACUCGUUUUUCCAAACUUUCGAGUACUUGGCGAUAGUAGACUUGAUUUACGGUUUGUCCCGAUGGAACAAAUUAUUUGUGGACGAUUAUUUGGCUAUCAAAAAAGGUAAUGAUCAUCGUUUUCACCUUCGACUUGCUCAUGCGAGCUUCCACGCUUUCACGUCCCUCCUGAAACUUUUUCCGCCAUCGAAAUACUUGGGCACGACAAAGAGCACUAUCACCAUGCACUUUUACAAUUUUAGCGUACGUUUCCGAAGCUGUUUCACCCAAUCUGGUGCAAAUUUUAUUUCGACACGUUGCUCUAGAUAUCGUUUCUCCAUUUUCGUGACGAGCACCACUAACACACGUCUACUCAGCACGACACAGCAGGCGAACCAGGCUCGGUCAACUCAAUAA